GUCUGGUGGUCAUCACACCCGCAGCCGGCUUUGUGACACCUGGCUGGAGCAUUGCCAUUGGUGCCUUGGGCGCUCCUUGGUGCUACCUCACUGUGGAGGCGGUGAACAGGAUCAACCUGGUGGAUGACACUCUUGACGCCUUCGGCUUGCAUGGCUCUGGUGGCUUUGCCGGUGCCAUCUUGACGGGCAUUUUUGCAGUUGACGAAGGCCUCAUCUACAGUGGUAGCUUCGUGCUGUUAGGCAAGCAGAUUGCCGGUGCACUGGCUGGUGUGGCUUUCUCUGCUGUGGGCACUGCCAUCAUCAUGGGAGUCAUGAAGCUGCUCUUCAAGCUUCGAAUUCCAGAAGAGCACGAGAUUGGUGGUGUUGACGAGCACACUCACGGUGAGAGCUACCACAGCCCAAUUAAGAAGUAUUCCGCAGGUGGCCGCAUGACUGAGUCGGAAACAUCAAAGGAGUCCGACGCUGUCUGA